UCUUCCUUCCACUUCAAUUCAGGUGGAUCUAUCGACAUUUUGUAACUAGUACGGAGGAGAGAGAAUUCCCGCAAACAAUAUGUUGUUACCAAACAAAUCACUCUCGGAGAUUCCAUUCUUUGUAUUCCUCUCCUCCGUACUAGUUACGCACACAAGGAGGAAGAUGGCCAACAUAUAGAAUGGGAUCUGCACUGUCUUUCUUGUUCGGAGGUCCCGCCGCUGCCACCGCCACCGCCACCGAGGACUCAUCAUCACAGGAGCCUUCUUCGGUCACAUCGUUCCACUCCUCCGCCCGGUGGAAACUCCACUUCAAAGAAGCAAAGAAAUCUCCUAAACUGAUGGUCAUAGAUUUCGGGGCAACAUGGUGUGGUUCUUGUAAUUUCAUGGAGUCCGCAAUCAAAGCCAUGGCUUCCAAGUUCACCGAUGUCCAGUUCUCCAAAAUCGAUAUCGACGAGUUGAAUGAUGUGGCGCAAAAAUUCAAAGUGCGGGCCAUACCCACUAUCGUGCUUGUCAAGAAAGGGAAGGAAGUGGAUAGGGUGGUUGGGGCCGCGAAGCAUGAGCUUGAGAAGAAGAUCGAAAAGCACAGAGCUCUCCAAGGUCCAAGCUGCUGCUUGAAACUUGUAUAGCCUCAAUUGAUGUGAAGUCUGAUGCAGUCUCCCCUUAUGUGUGAUGUCUUCAAGAAGCAUUGUAAGUUAUCAAUAAGAUGGUGUAUAUUGUAUGUUUUUGUGAUACACACUACUACACUUGUUGACCAGGAAUGCAACUUAGUUGAAUUCCCUUUCUUAACCAUAAA